UGAAAACCUUGUGGACAUUUUCGUGAAACGGAGAAUAUUGAUAUUGCAAACAUUGACUUGACAAUCAAUUUGGAUUUUUGUCGAUUGCUUUAUUUUCAAAGACUGUUGAGCUGUGGAUGCUGAAUUGUAAAAUUAAUCGCUUGGUGGGAAUAAAUAUUAAAAAUGCCUGACCAUUUAGGGAAUGAUAUGCGCAAAGUGAAAGAUGAUAAAGAAGAGCCGGAAAAAGAAAUAAAAUCUCUCGACGAGGGUGAUAUUGCGCUUUUGAAGUCAUACGGCCAAGGACAGUACACAAAAAUCAUUAAGGAAGUAGAAGAAGGAAUUCAGACAGUAAUGAAGAGGGUUAAUGAACUGACAGGCAUCAAAGAGUCAGACACAGGGUUGGCUCCUCCAGCCUUGUGGGAUCUAGCAGCUGAUAAACAGACACUACAGAAUGAACAACCACUACAGGUAGCACGGUGUACGAAAAUCAUUAAUGCAGAUUCGAAUGAUCCAAAAUACAUAAUUAACGUGAAGCAGUUUGCAAAGUUUGUUGUCGAUUUACAAGACUCCGUCGCACCCACUGAUAUUGAAGAAGGCAUGAGGGUUGGUGUGGAUCGUAAUAAAUACCAGAUCCACAUACCCCUGCCUCCGAAAAUAGAUCCAACGGUCACCAUGAUGCAGGUCGAGGAGAAACCUGAUGUAACAUACAGUGACGUGGGUGGAUGUAAAGAGCAGAUAGAAAAACUAAGAGAAGUUGUUGAGACACCACUGUUGCAUCCGGAGAAAUUCGUGAAGCUGGGUAUCGAGCCCCCGAAGGGAGUGUUGCUAUUCGGCCCCCCCGGGACCGGGAAGACGCUGUGUGCUCGCGCCGUCGCCAACCGGACGGACGCCUGCUUCAUUCGGGUUAUUGGUUCUGAAUUAGUGCAGAAAUAUGUCGGCGAAGGGGCCCGGAUGGUGCGAGAACUGUUCGAAAUGGCUCGUAGCAAGAAGGCCUGUCUUAUAUUCUUCGAUGAAAUCGACGCUAUAGGUGGCGCCAGGUUCGACGAUGGUGCUGGCGGCGAUAAUGAAGUUCAGAGAACGAUGUUGGAGCUGAUCAACCAGUUGGACGGCUUCGAUCCUCGCGGCAAUAUUAAGGUGCUGAUGGCCACGAACCGUCCCGACACGCUGGACCCGGCGCUGAUGCGGCCGGGGCGGCUGGACCGCAAGGUGGAGUUCGGGCUGCCGGACCUGGAGGGGCGCGCCCACAUCUUCCGCAUCCACGCGCGCUCCAUGAGCGUCGAGCGAGACAUCCGGUUCGACCUGCUCGCCAGGCUCUGUCCCAACUCCACCGGCGCCGAGAUCAGGUCUGUUUGCACGGAGGCGGGCAUGUUCGCGAUCCGCGCCCGCCGCAAGGUUGCCACCGAGAAGGACUUCCUCGAAGCCGUCAACAAAGUCAUCAAGUCGUACGCCAAGUUCUCAGCGACACCCAGAUACAUGACCUACAACUAAUCGUGCACUAAAAACAUACAGAGCUUUUGUGUGAGCGAACAGUGUAUAGGCAGUUCGGGCACUAAUACAAAAUAAGAAUAAACUUCUUCAAUUUUCGCUAGUUUUAAAAGCACUGAAAAAAUAUUAAUGUUGUAAAAUUUUAAAUGGCAAAAAUCCACUAAAGAAAAUCCAAUAAUUCCAUCAUACUAGUUCGUCUCUUAGCCUUCUCCUCCGUGCGUCGUAUUCCUCAGUUCUGAAGGUCGUGACCUUUACUGAGCACUUUAGUUUGUUCCUCCAUUCACUUCUGUCCUCCGCGCAGUGGAUAGCGACAUUGAUGCUGGAUUCGAAAGUCGUCUUAAUCUGAUCGGACCAGCGCAUGGGACUACGCCCCCCUAGGCCUCUUUCCUUCCACUUUGCCGGUGAUGAGAAGUCUUUCGAGAUUGUCGCCCUUUUUCCUCUUAGCCUCAUAUGACGUCAUAUGUCAAGAGGCUGCGCUCGUUCGCGCUUACGAAAGUGCAUAUCGUCGUUGUCAAACCAAAAAUCUGCUAUGUGCACUUUUGAGGAUUUUUCUUUUUAACUUUUUCGUAUAGUUCACAGCCCUAUCUACCGUAUAAAAAAAUCUGUUAUGUGUCCUAUAGCUUUAAUAUUUAUCUAUAGCUUUCAUUUGAUAUAGUUCUUAAAAAUUCACUUUCAUAUAAAAUAGUGUUUUUUUUUAUUAUUAUUUCUUUUUUUCCUAAGCUGAUAGAGUAACCGUGGCUAGUAGGUGAGCUCACGGGGCUCAAACCUGAUGACGUUGCUAACACGAACCCUAGCAAGAGCAGUGCUUCGCAGAAUCUACCACCGGAUCGGAAACGCGACCCACUGAGAAGAUCCGGCGAGAAACUCAGUGGGCUGUGUCUGAGAGUUAUAAAAUUGUAUGCGAAAAUGUUUUUACUCGUUAAUUCAAAAUAGUUUUUGCACAUAGCAGAUUUUGGUUUGACAGCGACGAUAUGGCAAUUUCUAAACUAAGGCCGCAUCUGUGUAGGAUUAAAAGCUAUUAGGGUUGCGUCACUCUUAAACCAUAUUUCGAAAACACAUACUGAAAGUAAUUUUAAUGUCACCUUGAACCUUUUUUGACAAAUAUUCCACAGAGUAAAUGAAAUGUGCUCUGCAUUAAAAAUCGAGUUAAUCUAUACAUGUUCGAAUUUCCUCACAAAAGCUUAUUCUCGUAUUCAUUACUGUUUUAGUGUCUGUUCGCUUACUAGAAACUCAUACAAUAAGACAUUUGUAUUAAUUUGUUGUAUGUUCAAACAGAAAAAAUGUAAUUGUAAAUUAAGAAUGUAAUUUGAUAAUAAACAUAAAAAAAUAAUGAAA